AUGAGCGGCUUCGGACCUAUCGGAAUUGGGGGUGCUGGCAGCAGCAUUAGCAAGGACGGUGUAGCAGCAACCGGGGACGUCAACAGUGACUUAGACGUAGUGAGAUUGUUGCCGUCAUUCCUGCGAGGAGUUAGCGACGAGAGUAGACGGACGAUUGAGGGGCUUAUGGCGACGAAGCCGUGCGGGCUGAUAGUGUCAGACGCUUUAGAACCUGAUCAUCCUAUCAUCUAUGUGAAUAGUGUGUUCGAGCGCUUGACGGGUUACACGGCGGAAGAUAUUCUUGGACGGAAUUGUCGGUUCCUUCAGUAUCGCGGGGCAUUCGCGCAGCGACCGCACUCUCUCGUGAAUCCCGCCACCGUCGCGCGGUUACGCCAGUGCAUCGCAGAAGGCCGCGAGUUCUGCGGGGAAAUCCUCAAUUUCCGGAAGGACGGCAGUGCCAUCAUGAAUAACCUCUGCAUCGCGCCGAUUCGCGGAAGCGACACUAGCACAGUUACCCAUUUCGUCGGGGUGCAGUCUUUCGCAGAAACCAACGUCGAGCUCGGCCCGCUGCCAGGCCCGCCGCACAAGGAGCCGCAGCAUCUGCCUAUGUCGGGGGCGGCAGCCUCAGCCGCCGCCGCCGCAGCAGCCGCCGUGGUUGCCUCUCGUUGGCCACCCUCUAGACAGCCCGGACCGCUCUCCGACCGGUUGCCAGUCGGUUCAGUUGUCGGCUCGUGCAGCCGUGCGGAUCCCACUGACGCCUCACCCGUCCCCGUGCCCAGCACGAGCGCAGCUGCCGCUGGCUGCAGCAGCGGCAGCGCGUGGCCCGCUUGCUGCCUCCACGACCAUGAGCCGUUCCCAGGGUUCGGGCGGAAAUGCGCGCGGGAGGGGGAGGGCGGCGGGGGAUGUAUAGGGCCCGGGCGGAGUUACCCCAGCAGCAGCGACUGCGGUAGAAGCCGGGGCAGCGGCAGCGGGAGCGGGAGCGGGAGGUGUAGCGGUCUGCUGCAAGUAAGUGACGAGGUGCUGGUGCAGCAAGUGAUGUGCCAUCUGGGCCCCAGAGACAUCGCGUCCCUCGCCAUGUCGUGUCGGCGGUUCCGCCAGCUCGCGGUCAGCCAGGACGUGUGGCAGCGCGCGUGCCAGCACGUGUGGGGCGUGGAGGCGACCGCCGCCGUGCAGGCGCAGGCGACGGUGGGGUGGAAGACGGAGGAGGAGGAGGCGGCGGAGGAGGUGGUGCGGCGAGGGCGAUACGCGUGGCACGGGAAGAGUAAGGUCGUAUUCGAGGGGGCGGUUGGGAGGGAAGGAGGAGUAGAGGGGUCGGGUGGGAAGCGGUUGAGUACGGUUGGGGGGCAGCAACAGCAGCAGCAGCGGCAGCUGAUAGAGAACCACCAGAAGUCACAGUGGCUGCAGCGGGUCAAGUGGUCGCAGAUUGCGCGCGAAAUGACGACGCUGGAAGCCGCCACGUGGCGCAAGGUCACAGUAAAAGGGUCCGUGGAGCCAUCCCGGUGCAACUUCAGCGCGUGCGCGGUGGGCAGCAAGGUGGUGCUAUUCGGCGGUGAGGGUGCCAACAUGCAGCCCCUUAACGACACAUUCGUUCUAGACCUUGCCUCCGACAUGCCCGAGUGGCGGCACGUCCCCGUCGCGGGUUCCGCGCCCCCCGGCCGCUGGGGGCACACACUGUCGUGCGUGAACGGGUCGGGGCUGGUGGUGUUCGGCGGGUGCGGGCGGGAGGGCCUGCUGAACGACGCGUUUCUCUUGGACCUGGACGACAAGCAGCCCAAGUGGCGUGAGGUUGUGGUGGGGGAGGAUGCCGGGAGCAGCAGCGGUGCCGGCGCUGGGGACGGGGGGACUGGCGGGGAUGGCACGACUGGCAGGGGGGACGCCGGGGGGAAUGGUGACCUGGGGGAUGGAUUGGUUCUGAGGGGCGAUGGGGAGGCGCGGACAGCCACGCAAGCAUCAGGGGAUGGAGAGGGAGUUGUGAGACGGGAACAGGGAGAGGCGGCGACCCAACCGUUGGAUACGAGACAAGACGACCAGCAGCAGGACAGCAGACAGCAGCAGCACCAACAGCAACAACAACAACAGCAGCAGGAGCCGCACCAGCGCCGGCAGCACCAGCUGCAGGCAGUCGCGCCAGCAGCGCCCGCAGCGCCCGCGCCCCCGCAGCGGCCGCACCCGCGGUCGUGGCACAGCUCCUGCACCGUCGAGGGCUCCAAGCUCGUCGUCUCCGGCGGCUGUACCGCCUCCGGCCGCCUUCUCUCCGACACGUUCCUUCUCGACCUAGCGCACAACCCGCCGUCGUGGAAGGAGAUCCGCGUGGCGUGGGCGCCGCCCGCGCGCCUGGGGCACACGCUCUCCGCGCUGGGCGGGCGCAAGGUGCUCAUGUUCGGGGGGCUGGCGACGAGCGGCGCGCUGCGCCUGCGGUCGAACGACGCGUUCACCAUCGAUCUUGCCGACGAGCAUCCCAACUGGCAGACCGUUUCCCCCGACGCGCCUCUCCCGGGGGGAGGGGGCGGCGCGAACGGCAGCGGGGCAGGGGGCGGGGGGGGAACCGGCGGAACGCCAGGGGGAGCGUCGCCUCCGCCGAGACUGGACCAUGUGGCGUUUGCGCUGCCUGGGGGGCGGGUGUUGGUGUUCGGGGGGUCAAUCGCGGGGGUGAGCCCUACCCCCUCGCAGGUAUACCUGCUGGACCCGGGAGAGGAGAAGCCACGGUGGCGGGAACUGGCGUUUCCUGGGCAGCAGCCGCGGAUAGCGUGGGGGCACAGCACGUGCGUGGUGGGGGGGACUAAGGCCGUGGUGCUGGGCGGGCAGACGGGCAAGGAGUGGGUGCUGAACGAAUUGCACGAGCUCUCGCUUCUGAGCGCCGCUGCUAUGACCCCCCCUGCGCGCGCUGUGCGGGACGAGCAUGGAGGGGAGGCUGACGGAGAUGCGCGGCAAGAGGGGAAUGCGGAGGGUGGUGGUGAUGGGGAGGUGCGGAGACUGGAUGGUAGCAGCGGGGAGGGGAGGGCAGGGGAAGGGGCGCGUGUGGAGGACGGGGCAGGGGAGGAGGGUGUGGUGGUGGCUCAGGGUCAUGUGGCAUCGGCGUCUAAUCCAGGAUAG